AUGAGCUUAGCAAAACAUGACAAAAAAAAAGAAUCAAAACAAAAACAGAAUGGAGAAACCCAAACGCCAUUUAAUGGGCCCUUUUUGCAGACCAGACAACUUUAUUUAGCCAACAAACAAUUUAGGGUGAAGAAAAAGGGAGAAAACAGCAAAAAGGUAGUGUCGGGUGAUCUAUCUUUAUUAAGAGCAUCCCAGAAGGGCUGUUCGCAGAGGAAAAGGCAAAGUCAUUUAUAUUUCUGA